GAAACCAAUCCUCUGCUGCCACACUGCGUGAAACUGGGGGACAAGAAGCCGCUGAAUCCGGCUCAAUGUCCGUUGAAUAUCCAACUCCAUAACGUCCAACGUCCACCGUCCUACCAUAACUUUACCUAAGUCCGCCGUGUAAACCCUUCAGUAGCCUUGCUGUAGUCUGAGGAACACAAACUUCAAGGCUAUAAUAGACCAGCUGACGUUGAUUCAAAAUGUCUUCUGAGACGAGGACGUUGGACAAUGUGAAAGACGUUAUUCUAUCAGCUCACAUGAACCUCUCACCAGCAGAAAAGGUGGAGUUCUACAACACGUGGUCAGAGAACUAUGACAAGGAUGUGUCUCUCCUGGACUACCGUGCGCCCCUUCUGGCAGCCGACCUGGUCUCCGCCCACUUCCCCGGGGAGCGGGGGGCGGCGUUGGUGCUGGACGUUGCGUGUGGGACCGGGCUGGUGGCUGCAGAGAUGAAGAAGCACGGGUUUGGACGUCUUGUUGGCCUUGACGGAAGCAAGGGUAUGCUCCAGCUGGCCACAAACACGGGGCUCUACGAAGACGUCAGGCAGUGCAUGCUGGGAGAAGACCAGCUACCGGUGACAUGGGCAGGCUCCUUUGAUGUGGUGUUAAUUGUUGGAGCGCUUAGCGAUGGUCAGGUUCCAGCUUGUAUUGCCAAAGAGCUGUGGAAGGCCACCAAACCAGGGGGCCUCGUCUGUAUGACCACCAGAAGCAACCGAGACAACGUGCUGUACAAAGCGUGUUUGGAGCAGCAGCUGAAGCUCAUGGAGGACGAAGGUCUGUGGAGUCGUGUGACCGCGACGGAGGUGGAGGAGUGGGAGAGAGCUGUGUCGGCGGAUGAGGUGGGCUACAUCGGCGGCUGUGUUUACAUAUACAGGGUCUCUGAUGUAAAGCCAUUAUGCAGCCCUAUGCUUUAAGAAACGAGGGCUGUUGAAGCCGAGUUUGCGUAUACGUUAUGCUGCACUGGGAAGAUAUCCUGCUGACACACAAAGGAAUUCCUGAUUGCGCCGUAAAAGGGACUCUGCACAGCCAUACUGGUCUUAACAAUUUCAUGUUCAUUUUUAUCAGUCUAGCCAUAUUCCGAUGAACUCAUUACCUCGUCAAACUCAGGAUUUCUGCAACCUCGGCAGGACAAUGACGUCAUUGGUCCGGGACUCACUUUAUCUACAAAUGUUCCCAGACGCUUUAUUGGUCCUUGGACAGGAACAUUUUCAACUGACAAAAGUCAUCUUGUUGUUAAACUUUUAAACGGUCCUGUUAGGCUCUAAGUGCAUAUUAGCCUUCAGAUGUAGCUCCAAUGAUGACCAAGUCAUUGCAUUGUUGUCAUCCCUGGAAAAUGCCGUUACACAACUUUGCACGACCCAAUAAAAACGAGAUUCAGUUUCCUUCUUAUUAUCGUGUUCGACUUAUACACAGAUAUUGGUCAGAAACUUCCUAACGCAUUUAGAGAUCCACGGCUUACAUCAAAUCCGCUGAUGCGUUCUUCAAGGGCCAGGCUUGUCUACUGGUGAGGGGGUUUCUCUCCUAGCAAGAGGUUUUGGGUUCAAACCUCAACGGCUGCAGUCUUACAUGUAGACAGAGAUGCCUAACCCCUGUAGCACCCAGGAGUUAUGCACCUAGCUGUUUUCAAAACGCACAGAAAACAUGAAUGCUGAACUAUAAGCCUUAUUUUGGUUGCAUAGGAACAUUAAGCAUGUCAGGUGACAACAGAACUUUUAGGAUGUCUAAAAGUUAGAGAUCCUAUCUGCUAAGAGUUUCUGUAAAUGUGAUUAAUUGUUCUUCAAAUAAACUAGUUGUCCUUACCCUCAAAAAUUCAUA